CGGACAGCCUCGGAAGCUCUUGUCUGCUGGGACUAUGGACUGGCAACAACUGUGGCUGUGCUUCUUACUGCCCAUGACAGGCUCGGGCCGGGCUCUGGGGCCUUCCGAGAAGGAAGCAGUCUUGGAUUACCUGUUGCAGUAUGGGUAUCUACAGAAGCCUCUAGAAGGAGCGAAUGACUUCAGGCUACAAGAUGUCACAGAGGCCCUAAGAGCUUUCCAGGAAGCAUCUGAACUGCCAGUUUCAGGUCAGAUGGAUGAUGCCACCAGGGCCCGUAUGAAGCAGCCUCGUUGUGGCCUGGAGGAUCCAUUCAAUGAGAAGACCCUUAAAUACCUGCUUCUCGGCCACUGGAGAAAGAAGCACUUGACCUUCCGCAUCUUGAACCUGCCUUCGACCCUCUCGGCCUCCAGAGCCCGGGCAGCCCUGCAUCAGGCCUUCAAGUAUUGGAGCAGUGUGGCCCCCCUGACCUUCCGGGAGGUGAAAACCGGAUGGGCUGACAUCCGCCUCUCUUUCCAUGGCCGCCAAAGCUCAUACUGCUCCAACACCUUUGAUGGGCCUGGAAAGGUCUUGGCCCAUGCUGAUAUACCAGAGCUUGGCAGUGUACACUUUGAUAAAGAUGAGUUCUGGACUGAGGGGACCUACCAAGGAGUGAACCUGCGUAUCAUUGCUGCCCACGAAGUCGGCCAUGCCCUGGGACUUGGGCACUCCCGAUAUACCCAGGCACUCAUGGCUCCUGUCUAUGCUGGCUACCAGCCCUACUUCAAGCUGCAUCCAGAUGACGUGGCAGGGAUCCAGGCUCUGUAUGGCAAGAGGAGCCCAGAGACAGGAGAUGAGGAGGAAGAGACCGAGGUGCCUACUGUGUCACCAGUGACCACAGAACCCAGUCCCAUGCCAAACCCGUGUGGCACUGAUGUGGAUGCAGUGAUGUUGGGGCCUCGUGGGAAGACCUAUGCUUUCAAAGGGGACUAUGUGUGGACUGUGACAGAUUCAGGGCCGGGCCCCUUGUUCCGAGUGUCUGCCCUUUGGGAGGGGCUCCCUGGGAACCUCGAUGCUGCUGUCUACUCCCCUCGGACACGACGGAUUCAUUUCUUCAAGGGAAACAAGGUGUGGCGCUAUGUAGAUUUCAAGAUGGCUCCUGGCUUUCCCAUGAAACUCAACAGGGUAGAGCCCAACCUGGACGCAGCUCUCUAUUGGCCUGUGAAUCAAAAGGUGUUCCUUUUGAAGGGCUCAGGAUACUGGCAAUGGGACGAGCUGGCCAGAACUGAUUUCAGCCGCUACCCCAAACCAAUCAAGAAAUUGUUUACUGGAGUUCCAGACCGGCUCUCGGCAGCUGUGAGCGGGCAAGAUGGCCAAGUCUACUUCUUCAAGGGGAAAGAGUAUUGGCGUCUCAACCAGCAGCUUCGGGCGGCAAAGGGCUAUCCCAGAAAUAUCACAGACUGGAUGCACUGCAGUCCUCAGACCCCAGACCCCGACUCAUUAACCCGACACACUACUCCCUCCACCGCAGACACAGUAUUGGAUGCCACUCCCUCGACCAUGGGCGCCAUCUUCGGCACUACUCCCUCAGCUACAGACUCUGCAACCCUUUCAUUCCCUGCUAACGUCACCCCACUAGGAGCCUAAGGACUAAUCAGUGUCUGCUCAUUGGGAUUGUGCCGAUGUUACCAGAUGGGCACCCACCGUAGACCUCAUGCCCAUAACCAUUCCGGUUCUGGAUGCCACUCUCCUAUUCCCCCUUCCCAGUCAGUCCCCAGUUCCCAUUUCCCCUUGUCAUAUAGCUUGCUCUUUCUUGCUUC